GCAGGAGGGGGAGGGAUGUGGCGGAGAGAGCUACGGUACUGCAGGGGAGGAGAAGGCGCUGGGGCUUGGCGAGAGGAAGUGCGCGAGGUCUUGACUCCCGCGGCGCGAUUGCUCGGGGAUGGGGCAGCCAGGUGAGCCCGAGAUGCUGCUGCACUUGAAGGCGGGGCUGCCGCUGCUGCUGCUCCUGGGGCCGCUGGGUGCCGUCUCUCCCGGCGCCCUGGCGGGACCCGCGCAAACCGAGGACGCCGUGGAGCUGGACUUUUCCACUGAGCGGUCGGUGCACCUGGUGAGCCCCUCGUUCCUGUCCUUCACCAUCGACGCCAACCUGGCCACAGACCCGCGGUUCCUCACCUUCCUGGGUUCUCCAAAGCUUCGUACUUUGGCCAGAGGUUUGUCUCCUGCAUACCUGAGAUUUGGUGGCACCAAGACAGACUUUCUAAUUUUCGAUCCCAAGAAGGAACCAAGCUUUGAAGAGAGAAGUUAUUGGCAAUCUCAAUUCAACCAGGAUAUUUGCAAAUCUGGAUUCAUCCCUUCUGAUGUGGAGAAGAGGUUACAAUUGGAAUGGCCAUUCCAGGAGCAACUGAUACUUAGAGAACAGCAUCAGAAAAAGUUUAAGAGCAGCACCUAUUCAAGAAGCUCAGUGGAUAUACUGUACACUUUUGCAAAGUGCUCCAGACUGGACUUGAUCUUUGGUCUAAACGCCUUACUCCGAACAGCAGAUUUGCGGUGGAACAGUACUAAUGCUCAGUUACUCCUGGACUACUGUUCUUCUAUGAGUUAUAAUAUGUCUUGGGAACUAGGCAAUGAACCUAACAGCUUCCAGAAGAAAGCUGGUAUUUUCAUCGAUGGAUUGCAGUUAGGAGAAGAUUUUAUUGAGUUGCAUGAAAUUCUAGGAAAAUCCACUUUCAAAAAUGCAAAACUUUAUGGUCCUGAUGUUGGCCAGCCUCGAGGAAAGACUGUUAAGAUGCUAAGGAGUUUCCUGAAAGCUGGGGGCGGAGUGAUUGAUUCAAUUACGUGGCAUCACUACUACUUGAAUGGACGAAUUGCCACCAAAGAAGAUUUUCUAAACCCUGAUGUGCUGGACACUUUUAUUUUAUCUGUACAAAAAGUUUUCCAGGUUGUUAAGAAGACCAGACCCCACAAGAAGGUUUGGUUGGGAGAAACAAGCUCUGCAUACGGGGGUGGAGCGCCCUUGCUGUCCAACACCUUUGCGGCUGGCUUUAUGUGGCUGGACAAGUUGGGCCUUUCGGCCAGAAUGGGCAUCGAAGUGGUGAUGAGGCAAGUGUUCUUUGGAGCUGGAAACUACCACUUAGUAGAUGAAAAUUUUGAACCUUUACCUGAUUAUUGGCUCUCUCUUCUGUUCAAGAAACUGGUGGGCACCAAUGUAUUAAUGGCAAGUGUGAAAAGUCCAGACAGAAGCAAACUUCGAGUAUACCUUCAUUGCACAAACAUCAACCACCCAAGGUAUAAAGAAGGAGAUUUGACUCUGUAUGCAUUAAACCUCCAUAAUGUCACCAAGCACUUGCAGUUACCAUAUUAUUUAUUUGACAAACAAGUGGACAGAUACGUUGUAAAACCUUCAGAACCUGAUGGAUUAUUUUCCAAAUCUGUCCAACUCAAUGGUCAAACUCUGAAGAUGGUGGAUGAUCAAACCCUGCCAGCUCUGAUAGAAAACCCUCUCCGCCCAGGAAGUUCACUGGGCUUGCCAGCUUUCUCAUAUGGAUUUUUUGUGAUAAGAAAUGCCAAAGCUGCUGCUUGCAUCUGAAAAUGAAAGGCAUACACUAGCCCUGAGAUUGAA